UCUGCCGCUGUGCAUGAGGUUGGCGGGCUGCUGGCUGUGUGUGUGUGUGUUGGAUGUAUUUGUUUAAAUUGUGUUGCCGAACUGGUGAACAAAACGACUUAUCCAAGUAACUUUGUAUCACGCGGAUUAUUUUCAGUCGGAUACGUUAGCGGUGGUAGCCCAGCCAUGCCGUCCAGCGCUGGACCCAGCAGCCCCGCAGCUGCACUCGCCGAAGCGCUGGAAAACUCUGCCCGGCUGAUUGACAGACACCUGCAGGAUGACCGCUGCUUUCCCGACCUAUCCGAGCUGCUCAGCGUCCCCUCACACAAUAUGCCGUCCCUCUCUGGAGUGUCGGACAUGGACUACCCCCUCCAAGGCCCGGGUUUACUGAGCGUGCCAAACCUCCCAGAGCUCAGUGCGGUCCGCCGAGUCCCUCUGCCACCUGAGCUGGUGGAGCAGUUCAGCCAUAUGCAGUGUAAUUGCAUGAUGGGAGUUUUUCCUGAGAUCUGUCGAGCAUGGCUUACUAUUGACAAUGACAUCUUCAUGUGGAAUUAUGAAGAUGGAGGAGAUGUGGCCUAUUUUGAUGGCCUUAUUGAAACCAUCCUUGCUGUGGGGCUAGUAAAACCAAAACAAGGGAUUUUACAGCCACACAUACACUACCUCUUAGUACUGGCCACUUCUGUGGAUGUGGUGAUCCUCGGACUAAGCUUCCCAAAGAGCCAGGCUGGAUUGAACGACAGCAUGUCUGGCGGGAUGCAGCUGCUACCAGACCCCCUCUUCUCAAUCCCCACAGACAACACCUACAUCCUGUCCAUCACCUCCACAGAUCUAGGACGCAUUUUUAUGGCAGGAAAGGACGGCUGCCUGUAUGAAAUAGCUUACCAGGCUGAAGCCGGCUGGCUGAGCCAGCGCUGUAGAAAAAUCAACCACUCUAAAAGCUCUCUGUCCUUCCUCAUCCCCUCUGUGCUCCAGUUCUCCUUCUCUGAAGAUGACCCUAUUGUGCAGAUUGCUAUCGACAACUCCCGCAACACACUAUUCACACGGUCAGAGAAAGGUGUCCUGCAGGUGUAUGACCUCGGUGCUGAUGGGCAGGGAAUGAGUCGCGUGGCGACCAUGUCACAAAGCUCCAUUGUUGCAGCAGCUGGAAACAUAGCCAGGACAAUUGAUCGUUCUGUCUUCAAACCCAUUGUCCAGAUCUCUGUGAUUGAUAGAUCUGAGUCCUCAGACUGUCACCUGCUCGCUGUCACUCAUGCAGGUGUGCGUCUGUACUUCAGCACCACACCUUUCGCCCCUCCACACCAGAAGUAUCUGGCAGUCCGACCUAGCCUGCUAGCUUUGGUCCAUGUCCGUCUGCCACCAGGGUUUUCUGCAUCUUCUACCCUUCAGAAACCUGCAAAGGUCCAUAAGGCACUACACAGCAAAGGCGUUCUGCUAAUGGCUGCCUCUGAGACAGAGGACAAUGACAUUCUGUGGUGCAUCAAUCACGACUCCUUUCCCUUCAAGAAACCCUUGAUGGAGACUCAGAUGAUGUCUAAUGUUGAUGGGCACUCUUGGGCUCUUUGUGCCCUUAAUGAAGAGAGGCCAACCAAGAUUUUUACUCCUCUAAACAAGGAACAGAUCCCCAUCACAGAUUCACCAGUGGUGGUGCAGCAGCACAAUAUCCCUCCACAGAAGUUUGUCCUUCUCUCUGCAAAGGGGAGUCAUAUCUUCCAAAAACUGCGGCCUGUAGAUCAGCUUCGUCAUCUGCUGGUGAGCUGCGCUGGAGGAGAAAGUGAAGAGAUUGAGCGCUUCUUCAAGCUACACAGGGAGGAGCAGGCUUGUGCCACAGCCCUGAUCCUGGCUUGCUCCAGCGCUGCUAGUGACAGAGAGGUUUCACAGUGGGCCACCAGAGCCUUCUUCAGAUAUGGAGGAGAAGCACAGAUGAGAUUCCCCGCCGCCAUGACAUCUCCCAGCACUGUUGGACCUGUGAUGAGCUCUCCAGCACCUGGAAUUGUACCCCCAGCUUUGGCCACACCUUUCGCACCGAUGCCCUCUGGGUCUGCCCCCAUCACACCCAUGUCUGCUGGCCCAGAGGUGAUUUUCUCAGGGAAACACAAUGGCAUCUGCGUCUACUUUGCCCGCAUUCUUGGAAAUAUUUGGGACGGGAGCCUUGCUGUUGAGAAAGCCAUGAGCAAAGGAAAUCAGACUGUCAGUAUUUUGGAAAGCAGCGUUGGAGCAUUUGAUCUGGAGUCAGUUCUUCUGGAGCUCUGUGGUUUAAGGGAGUUUCUUGAUAAAAACUCUCAGUUCAGUCCAUCUUCUCUCGGUGCUGCAAGUUUCAGCUCCCCUGCCAACCUGCAGCAAAGGCUGCUGGGAUUUAUGCGUCCAGAUGGGGCCAGCUCUCAGCAGGUCCAGCAGGAACUCCAGAGGAAAUAUCACACUAAGGCUCAGGUCUAUGAGAAAGUGUCCCUGCAGGGCAUCCAGCAGUUAGUGCAUCGCUCCUAUCAGACUCUGGCCCUCUGGAAACUUCUCUGCGAUCAUCAGUUCAGCCUCAUUAUGUCUGAACUGCCAAAGGAGUUUCAAGAACAGAUGAAAGGAGUGACUUUUAAGGAUGUAGUGAUCCGGGGCAAGGAGCUUUCUGGAGCGCUCAUCACAGCGCUCAUUAAUGUCUACAUCAAAGAUAACGCCCCUGUGGAUGCCAUAAGCAAUCACCUGCGGGACAUCUGUCCCCUGCUGUACAGCAGCGAUGACAGUGUUUGCUCCAAGGCUAAUGAGUUGCUGCAGAGCUCUAAGCAGAUCCAGAGCAAAGCAGAUAAGGAGAGAACACUGAGAGAGUCUCUACAUCUCUAUCAGCAGAUCAGCCAACACACAGACCUGCCGCUCGUCUGCUCCCAGUACAGGCAAGUGCGUUUCUACGAGGGAGUACUUGAGUUGUGCCUCACAGCAGCAGACAAGAAGGAUCCACAGAGACUGGGGCCCCACUUCUAUAAGAACGGAGAGCCUGAGGAGGACAGAGUGGGACAGCAGGCGUUCCAGGAGAGACUUUCCUGUUAUAAGUGUAUAACAGACACCAUGCAGGAGCUGGUGAACCAGAGCAAAGCUGCCCCUCAGUCCCCCAGCGUCCCAAAGCAGCCUGGGCCGCCUGUCAUGACCUCUGACCCCAACAUGCUCAGUAAUGAAGAAGCUACAGCCCAUUUCGAGCAGAUGCUUGGUCUGGCCCAGAGGUCUCAGGACGAGCUAUUUCACAUCGCUCUGUACAACUGGCUGAUUCAGGCCGACCUCACUGACAAACUGCUAGAGGUGAAUUCUCCAUACCUAGAGGAGCACCUGAUGCAUAUGAUCAAGCAGGACCAGAGUAAGGUUCACAAUAUGGACCUGUUGUGGCGCUACUACGAGAAAAACCGCAACUUUGGCAAGGCGGCUCAUGUACUGGCUCGCCUCGCUGACAUGCACAGCACUGAGAUCUCUCUGAAGCAGCGUUUGGAGUACAUUGCCCGAGCCAUCCUGUCUGCUAAGAGCUCCUCCUGUAUCUCAGCUCAGGCCUCUGAUGGAGAGUUCCUCCACGAGCUGGAAGAAAAGAUGGAGCUGGUGCGUAUCCAGGUACAGAUUCAGGAGACCCUGAUCAGACAAUACUCCCAUCAUCCCUCAGUGAAAAAUGUCAUCUCUCAGUUGGACUCUGAGCUCAUGGACAUCACAAAGCUGUACGGGGAGUUUGCUGACCAUUUCAAACUCUCUGAGUGCAAGCUGGCCAUCAUUCACUGCGCGGGACACUCUGACCCAAUUCUAGUACACUCACUGUGGCAGGAGAUCAUGGAGAAAGAGCUGGCAGACACUGUGGCAAUGAGUCCAGCAGACAGGAUGAGAUCUCUUAGUUUGAAACUGGUGUCACUGGGAAGGAUUUAUGCUGGAACACCGAGAUAUUUCCCUCUGGAGUUCUUGGUUAAGUUUCUGGAGCAGGAGGUGUGUCGACUCAACUGGGACGUGGGAUUUGUGACCUCCACCAUGCAGGAGAUUGGAGUACAGUUACCACGUCUUCUGGAGGUCUAUGACCAACUCUUCAAAACACGGGAUCCCUGCUGGCAGCGGCUGAAGAAACCUCUCCACUUGGUGGAGUGUAUCCAUGUGCUUCUCUCAGGAUACGUGGAUGAUCCCAGCAGAGUACCGACUUAUGACAGACGCCGGUUCACUAACGUGUGUCUUGACAACAUCUGCGGAUACCUCGUGGAGCUGCAGUCUCUGAGCCCAAACGCGGCCCUCCAGCAAACCAUCGGCAACUUCAAGUCUCUGCAGGCCAAGCUGGAGAAACUCCACUGACGUUACUAAUGAGAUUUUUCAUCAGGACAAGAGUCAGGUGACCUCUGGAUCUCACACUGUUGGCCUUAAUUUAACAGCUGAUACACACACACACACAACAUGACAAUGUUUGUAUUCCAAAGCAGAGUUUGCCUCUUUCUCUGACAGCCUGGCAAAUUGCUUGUUGUUAAGGGACAGGAUGAGCAGGUGACUUCAGAGACAGAGUUUUAUAACUUAUUUAAUGCAUUUUGUUAUAAGUCGAAACAUUAUGCUGAAAUACAACUUUGAAAGGAACAUGCUGUCAGUUAUUUGCGUUGUGUGCAAAUAACUGUUAGAUAUCGAAAAAUGACAAGACAUUUGAGUUACCUGUGUUUAUAAAAAAAAAACACGAAAUCGCUCAAUUUUACAGGUUAGUUUUUGUAUAUUGAAAAUGCACUUGAUUGAUUUGGUAUAUUUUCAUAUGAAUCUACACAGGUAAAUAUAUUGGUCUUUUCACCACAGGGGGAAUCAUUUAGUUCUGCCUUUGCCUCCAAACAAACAGUUCAGUGUUGGAUGUUGUAAUUAUGUACAUAACUUGGCCAUAAUGUCGUCCUUUCUGCCAAAGGUCAUUCACACACUCAUAUUUUCAUGUGUAUUAUUUACAUUGAGCAGUUUUGGCUGAUACAUUUAGCAGUGCUGUUAUGAAUGAGUGCUUUUGUGAUUGUUUUGAAUGUAGAACUUUUUUUUUUUUAACAGUGCAGUUCACAGUGCUACACUGAAGACUUUGGUAUGUGUUCUUUGGGGAAAAAACUAAACAAAAAUUGAUAAAAACAUUUUUAUAAAGACAUAAAACUUGUCAUUGCUUUUGUGUAUGAGGAUGUUUUGAAAACACUAUACAGCAACUACUUAUUACCUGUGAACCAACAGACUCCUGUUCUUAGGCAUAGUUUUGUUAAUUUUUUUUUCAUAAACAAUUACAGCAGAAAGGAGGCUUCAGUUUGAGUGUUGAUAAUGUGACACUGCAGAGGGAGUGUCAUAAUCAACCUACUGUCGUCAGUGUUUGUGUUAAUGUAAUUAUCUUUAAUUUGAAAACAGCACUCUGGGUUUCUCACAGUCAUCACCAACAAGGCAGUAAUUGCUCAAGGUCUUUUUCUCCAAUUAGCCCGUGCAUGCAAGUCUUCAAUUAUGUUGAAUUUUUCAGCCUCAUGAAAAAUUAAUUUUGAUUUGAUUCUGGAUUGAUUUCUCUCAAUUUUGUAAACCCACCCAAGAGCAAAUAAAGUGAACAUGAACUAAUGA